CCAAAGAUUGUAAGUAUACUAGCUGCCAAAGUUAGUAGUUGUUUAUAUCGUGUGACAACAUCUACAGGUGUUACCGGUCAGUAUAAACUGUAAUUGGAAAAUGAGCUGCAGUGAACAAUGUCAGAUGUCUUCGAAUGGUGUGAAAAUGUUGAUUUUGUUGGCUGUUACCAUUUCACUUGUGUUUGUAAUAUUUCUCAUUUGGAUCUUACGGCAAAAGAGCAAAAAAGUCAGCCUUAAAGGAAAACAUGCCAUUGUGACAGGAGGAUCGAGCGGCAUUGGAAAGGAAGUUGCAGCAAAUCUUCUAAGAAGAGGUGCAAGUGUCACAUUAAUUGCAAGAAACCAAGAACGCUUGAGCCAGGCAUACGAAGAGCUGAAGACAUGCAUUACCGAUACUCAGAACCAGGAACUUAAGUAUUUUUCAUUGGAUGUGGGUGGCAAUUAUGAAGAUGUGAAAUCUGUUGUGGGGAAAGCAACAUGUGGAGUCUCAGUGCAGAUGUUGGUCAAUUGUGCAGGAACGUCGGUGGCAGGCCGCUUGGAAGACUUAUCGAUAGAGGAUAUAAAGAAAAUGGUGAACAUAAACCUGCUGGGCACCCUUCAGAUGACACAUGCAGUGCUGCCUCAGAUGAAGAACAACAGGGAGGGCAGCCAUAUUGUGCUUGUAGGAUCCCAAGCUAGCCUCUUGGGCCUCUAUGGUUUCACUGCUUACUGCAGCACCAAGUUUGCCAUCAGGGGAUUGGCCGAGGCCCUUGAGAUGGAGUGUAAGCCUUACAAUAUAUCAGUGACCUUAGCCUUGCCUCCUGAUACCGACACACCAGGAUUUGCUGAAGAGGAGCGCACAAAGCCAAUAGAGACCAAACUAAUCUCACAGGCUGCAGGGCUGUAUUCUGCUGAAAAAGUUGCUACUCAGCUAGUAGAGGAUACUCUGUGUAAGGAGUUCUUCAGCACAGUGGGAUUUGAGAGUUGGCUUCUGAGGACUAUUAGUGCAGGAAUGGCUCCAGUGACCUCAUUGAUAGAAUUAUUUUCACAGGUGCUACUAAUGGGCCCAUUUCGUCUAGUCGGUGCUGGAUAUUUGCUGUCGUUUCAAAAAAUUGUUCAGAACUGUAUGAAUCAUAAAGUGCCGACAAAGAAGACUGAAUGACAUAUAAAGACUCAUACUAAAAUUAUUGUGAUACGUUUGUGAUAAUAAUAUGAAUAGGUAUUUCUACAUAAUGUACUUGUCUACAUUACAUAUUAAAAAUGAACUG